GUUUGGUAUAGGUGAAAUAAGGAAGAGAGAAGUUGAGAGGAGAGAAGUUAAUAAGAAACAGAUAAUAAAAGGAGCAAGAGGAAGCUCAAGUUUUCGAUUUCUCUAUUACCACUUUCACUUUGAAGCUAUAGUUUGACGGCAAUGGCGUACUUGAGCAUGGGUGAAGCCCAUAGAAGAAUCACCGAAUAUCUUAACCGUUUCUCCGACGCCGUUUCUUACCAAAACGGCGUUUCCUUCAAAUCUCUCUUCGCUCUUUCCUCCAAUUCCCACUUUCUUCUCUCUGUCGCUGACGCUCUCGCCCUCUUCAAUGACGCCAAUCGACUCAUCAACCAGAACGAUAACUACUCUCAGUUCUCUGAUAUUAUCGUUCCCCUCUUCCGAUCACUCCAACACUAUAAACACUCCAAUUUCGUCGAAACAUAUAACGCUUUCGAAAAAACCGCCAACGCGUUUGUUCAGGAGUUUCGUAAUUGGGAAUCCGCGUGGGCUCUUGAAGCUUUGUUCGUUAUUGUUUACGAGAUUAGGGUUCUUGCUGAAAAGGCCGACAGACAAUUGGCUUCAAAUGGAAAAGCUCCUGAGAAGUUGAAAGGUGCUGGUUCUUUACUCAUGAAAGUUUUUGGAAUCCUUGCGGGAAAAGGUGCCAAGCGUGUUGGAGCAUUGUAUGUAACUUGUCAGUUAUUCAAGAUUUAUUUUAAGCUUGGUACAGUUCAUCUUUGCCGCAGUGUAAUAAGAAGUAUUGAAACUGCGCGCAUAUUUGAUUUUGAGGAAUUUCCUAAAAGAGAUAAGGUUACUUACAUGUACUAUACCGGUCGUCUCGAAGUUUUCAAUGAAAAUUUUCCUGCUGCUGAUCAUAAAUUAUCAUAUGCCUUGAAGCAUUGCAACCCACAGCAUGAAGCAAAUAUAAGGAUGAUUCUUAAAUAUCUGAUUCCAGUGAAGCUUUCAAUAGGCAUAUUACCCAAUCAUAGGCUAUUGGAGAAGUACAAUCUACUUGAGUACGGUAAUAUUGUACUAGCUCUAAAAAGGGGCGAUCCUCGACUUCUUCGACGUGCACUCCAAGAUCACGAGGACUGGUUCUUGAGAUCAGGUGUAUAUCUUGUCCUAGAAAAAAUAGAACUUCAAGUAUUCCAGAGAUUAGUAAAGAAGAUUUACAUAAUUCAAAAGCAGAGAGACCCGAGCAGAGCUCACCAGGUGAAGUUGGAGGUUAUUGUUAAAGCAUUGAAAUGGCUUGAAAUUGACAUGGAUGUGGAUGAGGUAGAGUGUAUAAUGGCCAUGCUCAUAUUCAAAAAUCUUGUGAAAGGUUACUUUGCCCACAAAAGCAAAGUGGCUGUAUUGAGCAAGCAAGAUCCUUUCCCCAAGUUAAAUGGAAAACCUGUCAGUUCAUAGGGACGAAAGACAUCAGUCGAGAUUAUGAACUUUGAGGUGCAAGAGAGUCCGGUAAUUAUAUGAGAGGGUUUUUCGGCCAUAAGUUUGUUGUAUUGUAUGUUCAAGAACCCCCAAAUGUAUUGUUGUUAAAAUGUCACAGCAUUGCUUCCGUUUCAGAACAAGCUCCUGUCUAGUAGAUAUGACACUUAUUCAUUGGAGUGUAGUUUAGCUUCCACUUAUAGGGGUUGUAUGCUUCGAAAGGGCUACCAGUGGAAGUGAAAGUCACAUCCCUAGUUUCAAUCUCGGAUAUGCUACUGACUCUCAAAAUUAAAUCUAUAUCACACUAAUUUGUCAUGUCUACAAAA